CUCCUUUGCUAUAAAAUCUUGCAUUACCUCACUCACUCUCUCAUUCCACUAAGCAGCUUUUGUUUUUUUUGGCUCUUUCUUCUCUUCGUCGAACUAAAGGAAUGACAAAGAGGUGGUUUUCCGGGAUAAUAAAAGUUUCACUGAGCUGUCAACAGGCUGUUUCUUUGUGGGUUCUUGGAGCAAUGGAGGGUUUUGGAACUGGGGUUUUUGUUAUAGCGAUGAAAAAAGCUGUCUUUGCUGCUUUCACUUGCAUUCUUGCUUUAGGAGGUGCUGCAGUGGGCACAGUGAUAGGAGCCAUGAAAGGCCAGACAACAGAAAUUGGGUUUCUUCGUGGGUCUGGAAUAGGAGCUGUGGCAGGUGCCAUCACCGCCGUUCAAUUGCUGGAAUCAGUUUCUGAUGGGGAGCCAUUGUCCAAGGUAGCUCUUAUUUAUAGCUUGAUGAAUGGGAAGGUGUUCAUGGAAUGGGUAAGUCCUGCAGUGCUAAAAGCUUAUCAGUGGCAAAUUAGUGCAAUGGAGACCACUUACAGAGAAAUUUCAGACAUCUACGACACCAGUGGAAAUAGAGGGCUGUCCAAGAAUUGCAUAGAAAAGCUUCCUCAGCUUACACUACAACACAGUCACAAUUUUGAUCAAUGCCACCAGUUUUGCUGUUCUAUUUGUUUGCAGGAUUUAAAAGAUGGAGAGUCGGUGAGAAAAAUACCCUAUUGUGGGCACUUGUUUCACAUGGACUGCUUAGAUAAAUGGCUGGCCAGAAAUGGGUCUUGCCCAAUGUGCAGAAAUUGUGUUUUCAAUGACUGCGAUGUAUUGUAGUUAUGCUUGAUGGUUUUGAGUUGUCUCCCAAAUUAAUCAAAAACAAGAAAAAGAAGGGAAACAAAAACAGAUAGGAGAGAGAUAUUCGUCCAUCUGCCAUGUGGGACAUUUGGAAUUGUAUCACAAUUGCCGAAUUGGUUUUAAUGGAUUAAUGAACGGUCCCAUACAUAAGCCCAA